ACGAAAAGCUACAGGCGACAGGCUGAACACCUCCAACUGAUCAGCAAGAGACCAAAUACACAUGUUCAGUCCAUUCUGUUCAGAGCCAUCUGCACCACCAGUCACCCUCACAAUAGAUCAAAUACACCUGUUCCUCCUGAUUGCGCAGCUUUCUAAGCAGGCCCUCACCAUGGCAACGAACACUAAUGCAUUGUUAAAAUAUGAGGACAUCAUCUCUAAAUGUACUUUGAUCUACUCUGGAUCUCCUGCUCACUACCAGCUACCAGCACUAAAGAAAGAGCUUGGAUCCAUAAGAAGAAUGACUCUUGGUAAAAAGGAUCCCAACAAGAUAAGCAAAACCAUCUGGUUGGUAGGAGAGACAGGAACAGGAAAAUCUACUCUGGUCAACACUCUGGUCAACUACGCCAUGGGAGUGAAGUUUGAGGACAACAUCUGGUUUGAGAUCAUAGAAGAGAAGAGAAGUCAGACAUCAGAUGUGAUCGUGUACGAGAUCUUUGGUUUUGAAGGUAAAACUCUUCCCUUCUCUCUGACCAUCAUCGAUACUCCUGGAUGCAGAGACACCAGAGGGAUUGAACAUGAUGUCAUCAUCAGUCAAAGCACUUUUGAUUUAUUUUGCUCAGAAAAUGGGAUCCAAGAAGUCAAUGCAGUGGGUCUGGUGGUGAAGGCGACAGAGUGUCGACUGAAUGAUCAGCUGCAGUACGUCCUGAAGUCAGUGAUGUCUCUGUUUGGAAAAGAUCUGGAAGAGAACAUCGUUGCUCUCAUCACAUACUCAAAUGGAAGACCACCUAAAAAUGUGCUUCAAGCUCUUGAUGCUGCAAACAUUAAAUGUGCCAAAAAUGAGAAGAAUCAAUCCGUUCACUUCCUGUUUGAUAACUGCCAGGAUGAAGACCGGACAGAUGACAUACAAGACCUGAAACAUGCUGAUAAAAUAACAAUGAAAGGAAUGAAACAGUUUACAGAGUUUUUAGAACAAACUGCACCUCAAAAGCUGCAAAUAACAAAAGAAGUCCUGAAAGAGCGAAUUCAACUGACAGCCUGCAUCAACAACCUGCAAGACAGAAUCAAGUUAAUUGAACUAAAACAGAGCAAAAUCCAACAGACUGAAGAAGCUCUGAAGAAACAUGAACAAGAGAUGAAGGAGAAUGAAGAGUUCACUUCAGAAGUUGAAGAGACUUACAAAGACAAAGAACCUAUCGAUGGAGGGAUGUGGUGGCUUGUUUUUUAUGAAGGAGCUGUCACCUGUAACGUCUGUGAAGAGAACUGUCACCAUCCUGGAUGCACAAUGGCCUGGGAUGCCUCAUGGUGUAAGGUCAUGAAUAAAGGCCACUGCACUGUUUGUCCUGGGAAGUGUCCUGCAUCAGACCAUGUGAAAGAAAAGUGGAUCUAUGCAAACAAGACAAGGAAAGGUACAAAGACCAAACAAGAUGUGAAAGAGAAGUAUGAAAAAGAAAGGAUGGAGAGUGAGAAGAAGACAAGUCAUUUGGAAGAUCUUGAUAAAGAGAUGCAAAACCUUGAGGCAGAGAAAACACAGUUGAUGGAAGAGUAUAAACAGCAUCAUACUAAACUGGAGCAGAUCGCCCUCUGUGGUGAUUCUCGAUCCCCUAAUGUCGUGUUGAGCCCACUAAUUGAGAAGAUUAAGGAAAAACAGGAUAAAGAAGGUCAAGAAACUGGAGGAAGCAUCUCAGGUGAAAGAAGAAACAAAGGCAAAGCAGCAGAGCCUGUUUAUUAA